UGCCGGGAAUGAGAACCAACAUCAGCAGGCAAUGGACACGAUUGUAAUACGAGCACCACUACUCUCUUCUUAUCUCACACCUUCACCUUUCUCACUUCCCUCCAAAUUCCCAAGAACCCUAAUAUCAAUUGGGAUUCCACUAAAAAAUGCACCCAAUCAAAGAAAUCUAAAUUACAAAAUUCCAUCAAAUUCAAAACUGUAUAAUUCCCAGAAAAACAAUGCAGAAAUCUUCAACGAGGCGGCAUUUGAAUCAAAUCGCCUCACCCUUGAUGCUAAAGCUCGAGAAUCAAUGGCAGAAGCGUCAGAAAGGGAGAUGAGAGAGAGUGAAGGAAAGGAAGUUGACCCAAAAGCUUGGAAAUGGAGGAUUAGGAAGAGGGUUUGGGAUUUAAUGGAAGCCCAGAAUAUUGCUCAGUUUCCUCGACCUGUUCAUAAUCGUAUUCCUAAUUUUGUUGGUGCUACACUUGCUGCUAAUAAGUUGGGUGAACUGGAGGUGUUCCGGGGGGCGAGUUGUGUGAAGGUUAACCCAGAUUCUCCACAAAAACAAGUCAGAUUCUUGACGCUUUCUGAGGGGAAGAAACUGCUGACUCCACAGCCACGUUUAAGGACAGGGUUCUUUUCUAUUCUUGAGUCAGAAAUGUUGAGUCCAAGCACAAUAAAUGAGGCAUGCACCUCUGUAGGUGUAGCAAAAUAUGGAAGACCAAUUGGGCUGGAUGAAAAUAUCAAAGUAGACUUAAUUCUUGUUGGUUCAGUUGCCGUUGAUCCAAAGACUGGAGCCCGGCUAGGAAAGGGUGAGGGAUUUGCUGAACUUGAAUAUGGAAUGCUGCGUUACAUGGGCGCCAUUGAUGACUCAACACCUGUGGUCACUACAGUGCAUGAUCAACAACUGGUAGAUGAUAUUCCAGCUGAAAAGCUACUAAUUCAUGACGUAGCAGUCGACAUCAUUUGCACCCCAACACAGGUGAUAUUCACCAAUACGGAUAUACCAAAACCGCAAGGGAUUUACUGGGAGAAAUUGUCUCCCGAGAAACUGGGACAAAUACGAAUACUGAGAGAGCUAAAGAAGAGGAUUGAGCGAGAAACUGGGCAAAAGCUUCCUAGUGGCCCAUCUGAGAAGCUGCCCCCAACUGCACAACGAAGACGGCGCUAAACACUUUCUUCUUUUCUAGGCUCUUCAGCUAUGGAAUUAUACGAAGUAUAAUUUAUAUUUGUGUUACAUAUGUAGUUACUGGAUCAACCCUUGUACAAACACUUACGGUUCCUAUAAAUAUUAUACAGUAUGAGACAUGGCGGAAUAAUUUAUUUUCCUGUUUCAGGUCUGUUGUUUCUA